AUGGCAGCCCACAUCACCACUAGUGGCCACCAGAACGCCCUGUAUGACUCGACCAAGACCAAUGAGAAGACGCACUCGAUCAGAGCCCUACCAAAGUCGAACAACUUCACCACGAACCUCCCGCCAGACCAGAACUUCCCUACUCCGUCCAGUUCGCAUGCUGCCGAGCGACGAGAACUCGGCCCUCGCUUGGUCAAAGGCGCUCUCUACACCUAUGUUCGCCCCGAUCCGCCCACAAAGUAUGAGGUACUUGCGGUAUCGCCCGCUGCACUUCAGACUCUCUCCAUCGACCCAUCAUCGACAGACUCACAAGACUUUCAAGACACGGUAUCUGGCAACGAGAUUUUGACAUGGGACGAAGCCAAGGCCUCGGAAUCAAAUAUGGUGCCAGAAGAACAACAACGGCAAGAACAAAUUUACCCCUGGGCACAAUGUUACGGCGGUUAUCAGUUCGGCCAAUGGGCAGGCCAGCUAGGCGACGGCCGUGCUAUUUCCUUGUUUGAGGCCACAAACCCCAACUCAGACGUACGCUACGAGGUCCAACUCAAAGGUGCGGGCAAGACACCCUACAGUCGAUUUGCCGACGGCAAGGCCGUUCUCCGAAGCAGUAUCAGAGAGUUCGUCGUCAGUGAGAGCUUGCAUGCUCUAGGUAUUCCUUCAACCCGCGCAUUGGCUUUGACUUUUACCCCCGAGGACAAGGCUUUGAGAGAGCGUAUCGAGCCUGGCGCUAUUGUCACGCGUUUUGCUCAAAGUUGGCUACGCUUUGGUACCUUCGACCUUCUACGCUCUCGUGGCGACCGAGCACUCAUCCGAAAGUUGGCCACAUAUGUUGCCGAAGAUGUUUUCGGUGGCUGGAAGAACCUCCCGGGUGCCCUGAAGCCAGGCGAGAUCACCGAGACGGCCAUUGAUCCAGAACGCGGUUUCGCAGAUACCAUCGUACAGGGCGAGAACGAACACGAGGAGAACCGAUUUACACGCCUUUACCGCGAGAUUGCCCGCCGAAAUGCAAAGACAGUUGCGCAUUGGCAAGCCUACGCAUUCACGAACGGUGUGCUCAACACUGACAACACAUCCAUCUUCGGUUUGUCUAUCGACUUUGGUCCCUUCGCCUUCCUCGACAACUUUGACCCUAGCUACACACCCAAUCACGACGAUCACAUGCUACGCUACAGUUACCGCAACCAACCGAGCAUCAUCUGGUGGAAUCUGGUACGUCUAGGCGAGGCUCUUGGCGAGCUGAUCGGUGCUGGAGCCCGUUGCGACGACGACGAGUUCGUGACCGAAGGUGUCAGCAAGACUUGGGCCGACGAGCUGAUCAAGCGCGCCGAAACGCUGAUUGAGAAGACGGGUGAAGAAUUCCGUACAGUGUUCAUGGCAGAGUACAAGCGCCUCAUGUCAGCACGCCUCGGUCUCAAGCAAUGCAAAGACUCUGACUUUGAUGUCCUUUUCUCUGAGUUGCUGGACACACUCGAGGCACUGGAACUCGACUUCAACCAUACUUUCCGCAAACUCAGCAAUAUCAGCCUAUCAGAGAUUGAGUCUGAGGAGCAAAGGAAGGACGUCGCAGGUCGCUUCUUCCACGGCGAAGGCCUCGGUGACACAGUAGGUACCAGCGAGGACGAUGCCAGAACUAGAAUUGGCAAGUGGCUUGAGCAAUGGCGCAAUCGUGUCAUCGAGGACUGGAGCGAAGGCAAGGACGCCGAGCGCCAGGAGGCCAUGAAGAAGGUCAACCCUAAGAAGAAGGGUGAGCGCGAAAUCCUUCAAGGUGUUAUGAAGAUGGCACUCCAUCCUUUCGAGGAAUCAUGGGGCUGGAACAAGGAGGAGGAAGACAGAUUCUGUGGUGAUGUGCCUCACAUCAAGCGUGCGAUGCAGUGCAGCUGCAGCUCUUGA